AUGUCGAAGGAUGAAGCCCCGGGCAGCUCGCAGCUGAGCCUGAGCGGCUUCAGCUCCCUCUUCUCCAUCUCCAGCACCAACCACGCCCCUCGUCCACCUCCACAUCCUCACCACCACCUCGACCUGCCCUCUCUCUCCCUCAGCAUCGGCACCGACGGGGAGGAGGGUCAGGUCGUCAGCAGCAGUGACCAUGACGCCACCGCCCGUGUCUGGAUGAUGAACAACAGGGAGUCGGCCCUGCGGUCCAGGGCCAGGAAGAAGGCCUACGUGCAGGAGCUCGAGAAGGAGGUCCGCCGGCUCGUCGACGACAACCUCAAACUCAAGAGGCAGUGCAAGCAAUCGAAGUUG